AUGGUGAAGAUUUGCUGUAUUGGAGCUGGAUAUGUUGGAGGGCCUACUAUGGCUGUCAUAGCCCUCAAGUGCCCAUCUAUUGAAGUGGCAGUUGUUGAUAUAUCUGUUCCUCGUAUCAAUGCCUGGAACAGUGACCAGCUGCCCAUUUAUGAGCCAGGUCUUGAUGAAGUGGUGAAGCAGUGCCGUGGUAGGAACCUCUUCUUUAGCACUGAUGUGGAGAAACAUGUUUGUGAGGCUGAUAUUGUCUUUGUUUCUGUCAACACUCCCACCAAGACAAGAGGUCUUGGAGCGGGAAAAGCUGCUGAUCUUACAUAUUGGGAGAGUGCAGCUCGUAUGAUUGCUGAUGUCUCAAAAUCUGACAAAAUUGUGGUGGAGAAGUCAACUGUUCCAGUUAAGACUGCUGAGGCCAUUGAGAAAAUUUUGAUGCAUAACAGUAAAGGAAUUAACUUCCAGAUCCUCUCAAACCCUGAAUUUCUUGCAGAGGGAACUGCAAUUGAGGAUCUCUUCAAGCCUGACAGAGUUCUGAUCGGAGGCCGGGAAACUCCUGGAGGCCAGAAGGCUAUCCAAGCUCUGAAAGAUGUCUAUGCCCACUGGGUCCCUGAAGACCGCAUCCUCACCACCAAUUUGUGGUCUGCUGAGCUUUCUAAGCUUGCCGCCAAUGCCUUCCUGGCGCAAAGAAUCUCAUCUGUAAAUGCCAUGUCUGCUCUCUGUGAGGCCACUGGUGCUGAUGUUACCCAGGUCUCAUAUGCCGUUGGCAAAGACUCCAGGAUUGGUCCCAAGUUCUUAAAUGCUAGUGUUGGUUUUGGUGGAUCUUGCUUCCAGAAGGAUAUUUUGAACUUGGUUUACAUCUGUGAAUGCAAUGGCCUUCCUGAGGUAGCUGAAUACUGGAAGCAGGUUAUCAAGAUCAAUGAUUAUCAAAAGAGCCGAUUUGUUAACCGUUUGGUUUCCUCCAUGUUCAAUACUGUUGCAAACAAAAAGAUUGCUGUCCUUGGAUUCGCUUUCAAGAAAGAUACUGGUGAUACCAGAGAGACCCCAGCUAUUGACGUCUGCAAGGGUCUUCUGGGUGACAAAGCAAGGUUGAGCAUCUAUGAUCCACAAGUUACAGAGGAUCAAAUCCAACGUGACCUCACCAUGAACAAGUUUGACUGGGAUCAUCCCCUUCAUCUCCAGCCAAUGAGUCCCACCACUGUGAAGCAAGUCAGUGUUGUCUGGUCUGCAUAUGAGGCCACCAAAGAUGCCCAUGGUAUCUGCAUUCUCACCGAGUGGGAUGAGUUUAAGACUCUUGAUUAUCAGAAGAUAUACGACAACAUGCAGAAACCUGCAUUCAUUUUUGAUGGUAGAAACAUUGUUGAUGCUGAGAAGCUGAGGGAGAUUGGCUUCAUUGUGUACUCAAUUGGAAAACCAUUGGAUGCCUGGCUCAAGGACAUGCCUGCUGUUGCUUAA